AUGUUCAUUGAAUCAAGAGAUAUUGACGAUGAUAUUCAAAUGAGUGAAUUUGCUUUACAAAAGAACGUUCGUUUGGAACUUGCUGAUCUAGGUUUACUUGCUACAGUUGGACUACGAACAAUACAUGUUUAUGAUAAACUAUGUGCAGCCGUUCUUUCAAAUAAUGUGGCAUUAAAUAUAAUACGUAACUUUGAUUCGUAUUCCGUAUCUUUCCAAACAGCUAUUUCGAGAAUUUAUUCUAAUGAAACAUCGGUUAUUCAAACAUUACAAUAUCAUCAUCCAAUAAUUCAUGUGCAAUUUAAUCAACUCAUUAACUAUUUUGAUCCACGACCUGAAUAUAUUUGUGUCAUUAUCAUUGAAUGA